AUGUUGUUAUUCCAGCARGAGCCUUUUGACAGCUAUAAGAAAUAGGCUGAAUUAAAUACAUCUCGAAAUAGCUACACUAAUCUAAUUAAUUUAUCUAGCUAAAUAGAGUUUCGAAGAACGCUGGUAUCUGCUCACAUAGUUUUAACUGGCAAGCUUGAACCGAAAACUGUUACAGCUACGUUCUGCAAUUGUUGGCUAGCAAGCUACAAUAAAUUAGAGCUCUUCGUCACAUAGCUAGCUAACUCAACCCGACCAUGUGUCAGGUCGAUGAGGAAUACAAUGGACAGCUAGAACACAGAGUGACUCCACGUGUCUCCAAGAAGUGUGUCAAAUGCAAAGAAAAUACAGCGGUAUUGAUCAUCCGAGCUGGAGAUGCAUUUUGCAGGGGCUGCUUCAAGGAGUACUUCAUACACAAGUUCCGGGCAAUGCUGGGAAAGAACCGGGUAAUAUUCCCUGGAGAGAAGGUUCUUCUUGCAGUGUCUGGAGGGCCAACCUCUAGCUCCAUGUUGUCACAGGUUCAAGAGGGUUUGAGUCGAGACGCACCCAAGAAGUUGAGAUUUGUCCCUGGAAUUAUCUACAUAGAUGAGGGCGGUGCCAGUGGUCAAAGCAUGGAAGAGCGGGAGAGGGCAGUGGCUCAACUGGAGUCAGUUUUCAGAGCCACUAAUUACCAUUACCACAUAGUCCACCUGGAGCAGGUACUCAGUCUCCCCAGCUCAGUGCUAGAGGCAGGAUCCUCGGCAACAGAAAAACCACAGACUGGGUCGAGUUAUAAAGCUGCUGUGGACCAAUUCAUCCAGACCAAGAAGAACCAGCAUCCAGACCUCUCUGUGGAGAAUGCCCAGAGUCACCUGUCCAGUCUGAGCAUGCAGGAGGUCGAGAAUGGAGUAACCAGCCCCAUCACCCCUGAACACACCCAAGCCCUUCAGAGACUGUUUGCCUCUGUGAGGACGCUGACAGCCAAAGAGGAUUUGCUACAUACACUGAGGCWGCACCUGAUUCUCCACACAGCGAGGACYCAGGSCUACACCAAGGUGAUGAUGGGGGACAGCUGCUCCCGUCUGGCCAUCAAACUGCUCAGCAACAUCUCUCUGGGGCGAGGGGCAUCGCUGGCAACGGACACGGGCUUCUCAGAUCCUCGCUACGGAGACGUGGUCAUUGUCAGACCCAUGAGGGACUAUUCCUCUAAAGAAAUAGCAUAUUACAACAGAAUGUUUGACAUCCCCUCAGUCUUCAUCCCUGGCCUGGACACUAAGGCACAAYACAAGGCCAGCAUCCAGCACGUGACAGAGAGCUUUGUCACCAAACUCCAGACUGACUUCCCCUCUACUGUCAGCACAAUCUACAGGACCAGUGAGAAGCUCCACACAGCAUGUCCCCCUCAGAACACCAACACACAACCCUUUGCUAAGUGCCUACUYUGUGUGUGCGCSUUGGACACUAAACUAGAGGAGUUCUCUGCCUACCAGGCUACACUGAUCUCAGAYCAGCUGUCUCAGAGGCGGGGCCCAGGCCCCGGGUUCACCCCUGGUACAGCAGCAGCUCCAGGGCUGCCUCCAGCCUCCUCGGCAAGCCAGGGCCAGUGCUACUCCUCUGGAGGGGGCCAGCAUCAGGGCUGUAUGACUGGAGAAGGGGGCUGCUGCUCCUCUGCUAAGAAGCCAGAGACAGUGGAUCUUAAAAGCCUGUUGUGUUACAGUUGUAGACUGACCAUCAAAGACAUGACAGCAGAAGAUGCCCUUCCCCAGUACAUACUGUCAGAGGCUGAGAGAAGGAAGAGAAGGUCUCAGAUGAGGGAGGAGAUCAGUGAGUUCCUGCUGGAAGAGGAUGAAGCCAUCCUGAGUGUCAAUGGGUCCUUAUGACAGACUAAUACCCAGUGUGACUGGACAACGUCCAACGGCACUGCAGUGAAGUUGUUCCCUUGGCAACUAUACAGCCAAGGCUGUUUGUCUCAAUAUAAACUAAUACCAAUUGCUUUUAAUUAAUCAACUGACUGAAUAAAUAUUAUUUGGCUAUAAGACAACAAUAMGCUGAUUGAAACUGUAUUUUAACUGCACACAAAAUAAAGCUGCUUUGUACAUGGCACUGCUUGGUGGUGAAUCUAACAUUGAUUCAGGUAUAACUAAUGAAUUGAAUAUGGAUGUAUGAUGCUGAAACAAUUAGUUUUUCCAUGUCAGAAAUGAGAAUGAACAAUAUUUUCAUUGGUUUAGAAGCUGAAUCACAUUCUAUUGGAAAUAUAAAUGAUUAUUCUUCCACAACAGAGAUCCCAUAGCAACAACCUACAUGGUUCUGCAUUAGAACUCCCAUCAGGUUCUCUGAAAAUGAGAGCAAACAUAUGGAAAUAAAAGUAUAACAUGUUUAAAGUUAGGAAAGGUUUUUGCAUAUUGGCAAUGGCUGAACCCUGUUGUAACAAUUCAGAAACAAAUAAAAAGGCACAAUGGUA